CCCACCAGUGUCUGUCACCCUCCGGGUGCUCCACAUCAACGUCUUCCACAACGCCAGCUCCACGGACACGGAUAUGAGAGCCCUGCUGGGCGACCUAGAGACCAACUCCAUGGACUGCAGCACCUGCGAGAUCCGCUUCCUGCAGCCCUGGGUCGAGCAGGGCCUGACCCCGAAGCAGUGGCAGGACCUGGAGCUGCUGAUCCAUCGCUCCCUGUCCAACUUCAACCGGACUGUGAACACAAUAGCUCAGCAGCAGGGAAUGGGCUACCCCUUUGUUACCCAGGGCUCCCUCGUCUGCGAGCUGCACCCCAACGGCACCUCGAGGGGAUUCUAUGACACUGCGGUGAAUGGCGAGGACUUCAUCAGCUUCGACGCGGACACAGGGAAAUGGGUGGCUCGGCAGGGGGACAAGCUGGCGCUCUACGCCCGGGACCUUCUCAACCAGGAUAAGGGCACAGCCAGCAUGCUUCAGUUUCUCCUGAGAACAACGUGUGUCAAUCAGCUCAAGAGCUUUGUCCAGCAUGGGAACGAGUCUCUGGAGAGACAAGAGCGGCCGGUCGCCGUGGUGUUUGCCCGAGCGCCUCCCCCAGCCGGGACCCCCGCGCCGGUACUGCUGGUUUGCCGCGUCACCGGUUUCUACCCCCGGCCCGUCCGCGUGGCCUGGCUGCAGGACGGGGAGGAGGUGGGGCCGGGCGGGCGGCUGAACUCCAGCGGGAUCCUGCCCAACGCGGACCUGACCUACCAGCUGCGCAGCUCCCUGGCCGUGGAGCCGGGCCCCGGGCACAGCUACGCCUGCCGGGUGCAGCACAGCAGCCUGGGUGGCCGGAGCCUGCUGAUCCCCUGGGAGCAGAGCAGGCGCUGGGGCCCCGGCCUGGUCGUGGGCAUCACCCUGGGGGUUCUGGCCGUAGCCGUAGCCGCCGUGGCCGUGGUGCUGUGGCGGAGCAGACGCAGGUGAGUCCUCCCCUCUCUGGGGUGGGGGUGGGGCCAUUGCACCCCCUAACCCAUCCCCUCUGCUCUCUCCUUCCAGGGGCUACCAGGAUGUUGGACCAGGGGAGUCCAGGGUCUGAGGCAGCGGCACCGGCCCAGGCGUGGGGAUCGGCCCCUCUCCUGGGGACUUGGACCUGUGCCCUGCUCUAAGCGAUUUGUCCUGAAUUCGCGCUCUCUGUUGGGUCCCACCAGAACCAGCAUCGUCACAGCGGCGUAGUCGGCAGAAUCCGCAGAACCAGGUCAAUGAAGCUCUGGAUCAGAACCCCACGCUAUCCACAUUUGAAUUUUGGUAUUGUUGAUUAAAGAUCAGUAACCAUGAGCCAGAAAGCACCAGCAGAAGCAAUGGAACUGCAAGCCCUGAGAGACAGCCUGGAAGAAACAAAAACUGGCAGAACUUCGAAUGAGAGAGAGGCAAGCCUUGGCCCAGCUGGGAAUAGAAGCUGCUGAAGGACAGAAGGAAGCUGCUGAAAGAGAGGAAAGGGCUCGUAGGGAGCGUAUGGAGCUGCUGGCUGCUGAGGAGAGGGUUCGCCAGAUGCGACAAGAAACUGCCAGACUUCAACUCCAAGUUAAAAAAGCAAGGGAAGAACAGCAGUGUGACGGGUUGGAUCACAGAAACCCGCUUGGGAGGUGCCACCUGAUGU